ACCGGGCGCUGUCAGUGCAGCCGCGACUGCCUCCCCGCGCGCACGCCCACGCCGCGCCACGCCGCAUACCACGCCGCGCUACGCCGCGUCACGCACAACACGCCCGAGGCGCACGACCCGCGACGGCGGCGCGACCGGGAUCGACGUGACGGUGACGGGCUCCCCGGGCCGGCGUGACGGCAAAUAACAACCACGACGGACGAGGCCGCGGUCGCGUCGUCGUCGUGCCGCUGAGCCGCUAUCAGCUGACUCCCCUCCCACCCCGGAGCCGGUCCGAGCCGCGGGCGCGGCGGGGCGGGGCAGCCGGAAGCGGCUGCGGGUCGCGGCUGGCCGCCGGCCAGUGGGCGCGCGGUACCCGAUGGUGCCACAUGGAGUUGGUGUCCGCCGCGGCCACACGCAGCACCACGCCGUCGACGAGCGCUCCUGACGAUAGCGGUGCGUCGAGGCCGCCGGCGAGAACGGGACCGCGGUGACAGCCGCGGCGACGACGGGGGCCGACCGGUGGUGGGCGGAGGAGAAGGAGGAGCUGUUCGACGUGGUCGUCGGGCGCGGCAUGCGGGGAAGACCAAGACAGUAGCAGCAGCAGUAGCAGUAGCAGCGCCGCCUAGCAGCGACCAUGGACUGCCUCAAGAAGAAGAAGCGAGCGAGGCCGGCGGCGGACCAGGAUGGCCUGGAGACGGACCAGGAGUACGCCGAGCGGUGGAUGUCCAUCAGGAUCAUCUACUUCACCAUCUUCCUCAUGUCCCUCGGCUUCAGCAUCGUCAUCACCGGCGUCUGGCCUUACCUGCAGAAGCUUGACCCCGGCGCCAGCAAGGAGUACAUGGGCUACGUCGUGGCCGCCAACCCGUUCGCCCAGAUGCUGUUCUCGCCGCUCAUCGGCUGGUGGGGCAACCGAUCCGGCUCCAUCCGCCAGCCGCUGCUCGCCACCCUGGUCGUGUUCACGGCCGCCUCGGCGCUCUUCUCCGCCCUGGAGGUGCUGCCGGUGGAGGCGCGCAAGCACACCAUGCUGGCGUCCAGGUUCCUCGUCGGGGCGAGUGCUGCCAACAUCGCCGCCUGCCGGUCGUACCUGUCCGCCGCCACCAGGCUCAAGGAGCGCACGGCCGCCGUCUCCAUGGUGUCCCUAGCGCAGGUGCUCGGCUUCAUCGUCGGUCCUGGCCUGCAGGCCGCCGUGACGGCGCUGGGCGAGAAGGGCGUGUCCCUGGGCGGCGGCCUCCGCCUCGACAUGUACACGGCGGCGUCCUGGAUCAACGUGCUCUUCGGCGUGGUCAACUUCGCCAUGUUCCUGCCCGUGUUCUUCAAGGAGAAGCGGAUCGCGGCGCGCGAGGCCAUGCUCAAGCAGGGCGCCGACUCGGAGGAGGCCACCUGGCGGCAGGUCAAGCCCGCCUACUUCUCGGUCUGGACGCUGAUCGUCGCCUUCUUCGUGCUCAGCUUCAACUUCGUCCUCCUCGAGACGCUGGGCACACCGCUCACCAUGGACCAGUUCGCGUGGACCAAGAAGGAGGCCCUUAAGUACAUGGGCAUCCUGAUGGCCAUCGGCGCCGUCAUAGCCUGCGCCACUUUCAUCGCCAUCGUCCCGCUGUGCAAAAGGUUUGGAGAGCGGCGAGUACUUAUCUGGGGAGGAUUCUUCCUGAUGGUGCUGGGGCGGGCGCUGUACAUGCCCUGGGGGUCCGAGCCCGCGCUCCUCGCAUCAGAGAACACGACGGUGACUUCGGACGACGGGCAGAGCGAGCAGGUGGGCUGCCCGCCCUCGCAAGAGUGGUGCGCCACCACGGCCUCCAUGACCGUGCUACAGUUCAUCCUGGGCUUCGUGGUCACGGCCAUCGGCUACCCCAUCGGCAUCACGCUCAUCCAGACCCUGUACUCCAAGAUCCUCGGGCCGCGACCGCAG